AUGCUAUCAGCAAACGACAUGGCUGAGAUGUAUGGAUAUCUCGACAAGGGAGAGUUCAGGCUGAUCAUCUUACGUCCUGAACGGAAAGACGAUCCCGAAGGUAUUAUCAGAUGUGAUAUGCUCAACUGUCCAUUGGGCAAUUCACGACCCUAUGUGGCGCUCUCCUAUGCCUGGGGAGACGUUAGCGACACUCGCAAAAUAUUUGUGGGGUCGGCAAACAGAACCAUAAGCGUGUCAGCCAGCUUGGAAUCAGCUUUGAGGGCUCUCAGGGAUCCGAGAAAGUCGAUAACAGUGUGGGCAGAUGCCAUCUCAAUCAAUCAACAAGAUCAAUCUGAGAAAGCUGAUCAAGUCCGACUAAUGACGCGAAUCUACCAGAAAGCAGAAUCGGUAGCAAUCUGGCUCGGCCCACGAUCUGAAGACAGCGACCUCGGCAUGGAGCUCAUCGAGCAGGUGUCAAAUGGGGCUGAGAUGCCACGAGAAAUAACGAGACGUACACCCGCACCGUUCAGCGAGCAGAAUUUUGCCGCUGUGGUGGCCCUUUUCGAUAGGGAGUACUGGCAUCGACUGUGGGUCGUGCAAGAAGUGUUCAACGCACGAGCUAUCAAUGUCCACUGCGGACCGGCGAUUCUCCCGUGGAGUGCAUUCCAAACUGCGUCAGAUGUGUUUCAAGACCACAGAGACGUGCUCGAAAGAAGCUUUCACCCUGGUUACAGCAACCGCUUCUAUCAAGCACGAUCCGGAAGCUACCCACAGGUCUUGGUCCAUGAAGGCCCAGGUAGUCUGGCUAGAGUUGGUUCUCGGGCCAACUUCAUGGAUGGCGACGACGUACCCGACCGCUUGGUGUUUCAGAAUCUGCUCGAAGUAAUGCAAGCUUGUCGCAGAAAGCUCAGCUCCGACCCCAAGGACAAAGUCUUUGGUUUACUGGGCGUCCUCUCAGAAAAGAUCCGCAGCGAGAUCAAGGUCGACUACGGCGUUCCUGUCAAAGACAUCUAUGUCAAUAUUUUCCGCACCGUUGUCGAAAAGACCGGUUCUCUGGACAUCCUUUGCGAAUCGAUUCACUUUCCAGAUUACGCCAACAAUAACAAUCUGCCGAGCUGGGUGCCCGAUUGGUCGCACAUAUCAAAGGUUUCACCCAUUGCGACGACCCAUACCUUUUCGGCGUCAAGAAAAGCAGAAGUGGUCGUUGACUUCACGGAGAGGAACAAGCUGAGGAUAUCAGCCAUACCGUUAGGAAGUAUCAAAGAACACGGAGUCGCUGUGGGCACACGAUGCACUUUGUAUGACUACCUCACAGCCUUUUUGCAAUGGAGAGCCUGUCUGUUGCAAGCCUUUGAUGGUCACCCAGACAAAUUCCUGCAGUCGCUUGAACAGCGCUUCUGCUUAGCGCUGAGUCUUUCUCACAUACCAGAAGACUACGAGACACCAGAGGAGUGGAUGGAUAUCUGCUACCACGUCUUCGCGCUAACGUUACGUGAUCGCCUCCCCAAAUUCAAGAUAGACCACGAGCUAGAACAGUACAUCGGCAGAGACCCUCAGAUGGAUUAUAACAAGCGACGCCUAUUCCUACAGGAGAACGUUGCGUCAAAUAUGAUGGGCCGGUGCUUUUGCAUCACCGAUGAGGACCGAGUUGGUCUUGGCACGGGGUUCAUGAUACGAGGUGAUCAUGUUGUUGUACCGCUAGGCUGUAGCACGCCUGUGGUCCUGCGGCCGGAAGGUGACGGGUACAGGUUUGUUGGUGAUGUAUACAUCAACGGAUACAUGUUUGGAAGAGCAGUCGAGGAGUGUAACAAGGGGUUCAUGGAUCGACAGGUUAAGACGUAUAUUAUCCACUGA